CAACCGUUCACACUACCCCGGCCGACGUUUCGGCUUCCUCCUCUCCCUCGACUUGUUCUCCUCCUCUUUCAGACUGCCUCCGGUGAGUCGGAUCCGGAAUGGCCCCACCAUCCUCCUACCGCCAGAGCCAGCGGACGAGGGUAUGAGAAAGUGGACAGCUGUGACAAGAGGGCUGGCUACUUCAAGGUUCUCCGGUCACUUACGAGUCUGGAUACGGCUUCGGUACUUUCUCUUCAAAAGGGGUAAUUACUGUCAAAAAAGAUGA